ACAAAGUGAACGUCCAUCGUCGUCCAAUCACAUCAGAGGGAGGAGUGUGAGGAUGGAGGGAUGAGUUUAAAAGAAGUGUGUGUGUGUGAGGAGAGAUGGAGGGAAACGGGAAAGAAAGAAAACGACGGAAAAUAUCAACGAUUUUCAUUUUAAAAAACAUGGGAAAUUAACAUAAAGAAGAUAAAGAAAGAAAAAGGAAGUUUGAGUCAGCGUCAGACGAAGAAGAGACAUGAGGAAGAGUCCAGACACUCACGAGUCCGUCAGCUGCUCAGUCUCCAGCUGCAGCUGUCGGUGUUUUAAACCUGGAAACGUCAAAUUCAGGUCAUGUGAUCGUUGUGGACACGGCUGGGUGGUGCACGCCCUGGAGAAGCUCCGGGCCCCGCCUUCCUCCAGCUGUGGCCCAGCAGAGGUGGCUCUUCCUGGGCUGGUGUUGGACCUGAGCUCCCUGGUUCUGUUUGGAGCUCAGGCUGUUCCCGUCCGUCUGAAGAUCCUGCUGGAUCGCCUCUUCAGCGUCCUGACCCCCGACCAGGUCGGACACAUCCUGCACACACUGGGCUGGAGUCUGGGAGAUUAUGUGAGAGGAUACAUGCUGCAGUUUCCCAGCGGGACGGUGUUGGAGCGCUGGACGAUGGCCACUCCCGAAGAAGAGCUGCUCAUCCUCAAACAGUUCCUUCGCUUUGGCGAGACCCGCCCCAUCGCAGAGCUGAUGAUGCCUCAGUGUCUGGCAGCUGUCAAUCACCACUCUGAUCCAGAUCCCGCCCCCAAGAGCUGCCACUCAAACAUCGACUCGUUCACUGAGUGUAAAGGAACAUCCAGGAACUCGAGAGAAGAUGUCCGCCAUUUUGAAGACCUCCCAUGUGGACGGCCUUUGCUUCCAGUCCGUCUUCCAAGCUCCGCCUUCAAGCAUUUGGUUCCUUCCAACCAGGAUCUUGCUCCUCCCCCGAGGCUGACUCAGCACCUACAGGAACCCAGAGGAAAAUUCACCCAAAAACACGGGCAGGAAGGAAAAAGAGACGCACAAGAGAACGAUCUGCUGGAGUCCAAAUGUGAGCCGGUCUUUAAAAUCAAAGCAGACCCUGACAGUCCAGUCCAGUCCCGGUCACUGUGGCAUCCAAACAUCAACAGUGAUGACGAGGUCAAUCUUCUCAGAGGCGUGGCCAAACAGGAGACCGCCUCCUUACCUUCUCCUCCUUCAUUCAUCCCAGUAUCUUCCUCAUUCUGUCCGUUUAUUUCCUCCUCUGCAUCAUCUCCCCCGAGGAUCUACCCGAGGUUGCAGAGCUCCUCUCCCUCCUGUUUUCAUCCACUCCCAUCCUUCUCCUCCUCCUUCCUCUGUCCUUCUCCUGCCAUCUCCUUCUCUUCCUCCCUCCAUCCUCUCCCACCUUCCCCAUGCUCCCUUCCUUCUUCUCCUGCAGGAAGUCGGAAGGGGAGGGUCUAUUGUGGCGUUUGUGGGAAAAGCUUUUACGACAAAGGAACUCUGAAGAUCCACUACAACGCUGUCCACCUGAAGAUCAAACAUCGCUGCACUGUGUCCGGAUGCACCAUGGUCUUCAGCUCACUGCGAAGCCGCAACCGUCACAGCGCCAACCCGAACCCGCGGCUACACACCGGUUCCAACAGAGACGGACCUUCUGAACAAUGCACACAAGAUGGUGACUCUUGCACACUUGAGCGUGUCCACCGACCUAGAAAUGGUUUAAACGGGCAAACUUAUUCCAGACCCCCUCAAACUGACUCCCCUCCUCCUUCUCCUUCCCCGUGCAACGACCACGACUCCACCCUGUCUCUCACUCCCCUCGCUGUGAUGAAGGAAACAGAAUGCGUAGCUACCCUUAACACUUAUAACAACACUGCACCUGUCUCCCUGUCAGGCCACGCCCCCAUCACCAUGGCAAAUUGUACCAAAGGAAAUCAGGGAGCACUAACCGAUCAGCAGCAACAGUGGGAAUCAUGUGACUCCGUUCCGAAGAAGAAGCCCAGAAAGUCAAGCACGCCAGUGAAAAUAGAAAGAGGGAAAAAGGAGGGGAGGAGCAACAAGAAGGAGGAGGAGUUUUGACGUUGCUAAUCUCAGUAAGCAUUAGCAAUCAAUUGAUCUCAAAGUAUUGGCUGAAUUAUUUGAGAUUACUGCUAGCAUAGCAUGUUGAAAAAGACAUGAUAUUUUUCAUAUGUAAAUAUUAUAUAUAACAUACACAGUGUGUUCCUGGACCAUAUUCGAUGUUAUAUUGUCACAUAUAUGAAAUGUAUUGUACAUUCAUAUGCACAUAUAUUUCAUUUAUGGCAGUUGAUAAAUGUGGAUUUAACGGCAUGCUGCUCUGUGCAGGAGCUCCCCCUUGUGUUUGUUGCCUGUUAUUGUGACGUUUUGUGUAAUA